AUGUUCGGGCGCGGCGGCGACCGCGGCGUCGCGACGCGCCCGGCGUUGGACCCGGACGACCGCGUCGAGGGCGCGAGCGCGAUCGACGGCGUCGACGCCUCGACGCGCUGCGCGGGUCUGGAGGAUGCCAAGUCGAGGGUGAUGUGCGCGGUGUGGGCGCGGCGGGGGCACUGCGACGGACGUCUGAACUCGGUGAGCUUCUCGAACGAUUGCGCGCUGAGCUGUUGCAAGGCGAGGGCGACGGCGAGCGCGAUGGAGAAGGAGGAGGCGGAGGCUGGAAAGCCGCCGCCGCCGCCGCCGAGCGACGACGGCGACGGCGACGGCGACGGCGAGAGAGGUAUAAGAUAG